AUGGGUGAUUGUGAUUCCGGUUGCAAGAAGCGAGUCCGAGAUGACUCCGACGACUCACUUCUGGAAUCGCCCGAGGCCAAGCGACUCAGGGACGAUUUGCUCGAGUUCUUCGAAGAUGCCGACGAUGCACCUUCCACUCAGGAUCUUGACUCCGUCAUGAAGAGCCUGCAGGAGGAGAUAUCCGGCGUCACAUCAGAUUCCGGCGAGUCUCAGGCACAGAUCGGGUACCUCCUUGUGGCUUCCGACGACGAGUUAGGGCUUCCACCUGCCGGAAACUCGUCGGCGCCGGAGAAGAAAAACGAGGAGACUGAGUUGGUCCGAGUGGCGUCUGACUCGUCCAGAAUCGGCGAGUUGUGGGAGAUUGAGGACCAGAUGUCUAGAUACGAUUCGUUUGAUUUGGGAAUGGGGUUUGGUUACGAUUGCGAUGCCGCUACUGAAUACGCUGCUUUUGGGGGACUCUUCGAUCAUUCGGAUGUGUAUUAUGAUUCAUCCGAGUUUUCUGACACGUGGCGGCAUGAGACGUUGCCGACACAAUAG